UCGUGAUAUUUCAGGUGUGUGAUGAUGGCGAUGGGAAGUCUGAGUGUGGAGAUCUCAGUGAACUACCCUCAGAACUAUCCCUAUCUCUCACUACAACCACAUGCCAUGUCUAUUCCCUUCGGCGACAAUACUAAUACACAGUCAUGCCUCACACCAACCCAUCCCCACGAGCAGUAUCUUGAGAUGGUGUUGGGGUCUCUGCAUCCCGAGUGUCAAAUGGAUCAACUCCACAACCCAUAUAGUGUUGGUGCCAUGUUCAGGUGCCGCAAGUGUGAGUCGCGACUGAGCUCCUAUGGUGGUCUGAGGACGCACUUGAAGACCUGCUCUGGAUGCACGAAUGUUGUGGCGCAUGAUGGAGCUCUGAAAAUUAACGAGCUGCCUAAAUCUGCAAAUCAUAAUUUCCAUUCAUUGGAAUCACAAAAGGUUGUGCCUACAAUAAACGACCUUUCAAAGCUCCAACCGACGUUUGAAAUCGACAGCAAAAGUUGUCCUCGUGCUGACUCAAAUAGUGGUGCCAAAAAUGAGACCUUGAAUUCAGACAUUAAGCAAGGCUUCGACCCUCUGAAUAAAGCAGAUGUUGUUGUCUUCGACACAAAUAACAACGAAGAGAUCGAAGAACCGGCAGUUGAGAAACUUGGAGCCUCUAUGAUGCGUGUUAAAACGGAUAAUAUUCCGGUAUAUAUCAAAAAACCACAAAGACCGGAGGACAUGUUCCAUUUAGUCAAUAAACCAGCCUUACUAACCAAAAAACGGGUCAAGCCGCCACCAAAGCAGUCUUCGAAAAACAAGAAAAGCAAAAUUUGUGCUCAACCUAGUUUGGCAGUGAAACUUACUUCACAAAGCAAGAAUACCUUUUUGUUAGACAAUGACCCCAAAACAGGGUCAACAAGCGAAAACGUUGACGACUCUAGCUCGAAUGUUCGGCCCAAAAGACUAUCAAAAAGUGCAGUUUCGUACGAAGAGAAGAUUGCGGAUAUUUUUCUGGAAACGAGUUCGCCUCACUCGUCGCCAAAACAACAACGAGAAUCCAGACGAGUCUCUUUGCGAAGUGAAAGCAGUGCAGUAAAUGAGCCACAGGAGCAAGUUAAAAGUGCAGUUAUUACGAAUUCUGAAGGCAGUACGAGGUCUUCAAUACCAGUUAAUGGUGCUAAUACAACAGACAAAAAGUCUGCAAUAAUCCACGUGAACCCAAAAGCUGAGGUUGAUAGUAAUAAAAUUGAAAGCAACAUUGGAAGCAGUCAACCGAGAGAUAAUUUGGUGCUAUGUAAACAUUGUGAGCAGAGACAUGCCAAAAGAUACAUGAUAGUGCACAUGCGAAAUGAGCAUCCUGAUUUGCCAUUUUGCUGUCCAGUUUGCUACAGCGCCUUCGCUAGUGUAGAGGCAUUCAAGGUGCACAAAACAAGGUGUAGAAACGGCUUUAAGCGGAUCCAAGACAGGUCCAGGAGUGUGAGUGUGAGGAGACCGGAGUCAGAGGGUACCAAUGGGGCUAGCUGUGGAGUGAAGUGCAAAGAGUGCAAUGAGGAGUUCUUCAAUUCGAACAGUGGUCGUAUGGGACUCAUAAGGCAUAUCAAGGAGCAACAUCGGGCCAAGUUUGUGUGCAGAUUCUGCUUCUUCUUUACUGAUAAUGGACAUAUUGGUCAGCUGCACAAUUGCAAAGGGCCACCCUCACGUGUACAAGUGCUCCAACAGCCUCAGACAGAAGAGGACCAGGAUGCCUUAACUACUCUCAAACCCCGCGCCUCCCAAGAGACAGUGGAAAUAGGGCAGCUGUUGGAGAACCACGUGGAUGCCGUGUCAUCCUCUGGUCAUUCUCAUGACCAUUCUGUUGGUGCGAGGGAAGAGGGCGUGGAAGAUGUCAGCAGGACACCACUCCAAGAAAUCGGGAUCAAGAACAAUCCCAAAAUGUCAACCCGAGGAACCAAUCAAGAAACGAAUGGAAUAUAUUUUGAUAUAUCACAAUUGAUCGAGCAGUUAAACGAGAAAGAUUUCUCUAAUUUUACGCUUAAUUUGAGAACCAUGGAAAUCAAGUGUCCAUUCUGUCUAAAACAGAUGUCGACUUCUCGAUGGUACAAUAUGCGCAGUCAUCUAAUUACACACUCUGACAAGAAAACAAUCUUCAUCAAAACCAAAUCAGAAGUUGCUUCCUCCAAUGAAAAAGAAGCUGCCAUAUCAAUCAAAUCAGAACGGCAAAAUUCCGCAGAUGGUGUCUCAGAGAACGAUCAAGCAUUGAAUUCAAUGGUGCUAUCUUUUGAAAAAGCUAACUCAGUUUGCAGUGAGAGUAGUUUUACUGAUUCUCCCACGAAUGUUAUGACAAGACGUUCCUCUAGGCGUAACUCAGGGAGGCCAGAUUUUCUCCAAAAUACGGCUGAGCUGAUUUCUACUUCAUUUGAACCAAACUCUACUUCAGUGACAACCGAUCAAAAUGAGGUAAGAGAUACCGCACAAGUAGUGCAUGGGCUAAUUUCCCCGUCAAGAGGGAUGAAAAUUAGCCCAAAAGGCGAAAUUGUCUUCGAAUCUGUCGCUGUUACACCAACGAAGAGUAGUGUCCCAGAUUUUCCUGUUUCUGAACAGAAGAACGAUGAUGUAAAGCCGAGAAAAAACUUCUCACCUCUGCAUGUGGACACUAAAUUUCGUCCUCAUUUUCGGAAAGAAAGCGCCAAGUCUGGGCCGCCUCUGAACAAUGAGUUGAGGUCUUUACUUGAGGGUAAAAUGACAGCAUUGAACUUGAACCUUCCAUGGAUGUCAAGAAGUGAUGAGCAUUCGGUUGGGUCCUCUGAUAAACACGGAUCCAAUGCUCAUCCAUCUCCGCGUAAGUCGACACUUCGCAAUAAAGAGAAACGACAUUCUUCAAUAAUGAGCGCCAAAGAGGAUCCCUACAUGCGAGGCAUUGCCAAGAAUCAGUUGGGAGAAGUAUUUGCUUGUUCAGUAGAAGACUGUGCGUUUAAAUCGACCAGUGCUAAGUUGAUGACUCAUCUACUCAACGUGCAUGAUGAGCAGUGGGCGUGUCAAAUUUGUUUCGAGUGUUUUGGAUCAAAUGGGCAACUGGAAAAACAUUUGCAGGUAGUACAUAAUGAAGCUACCAAGAGAUUGAAAAUGAAGACUAGUCUGAAGAAACGCGGAGGGUCUCACAGGAAAUAGGUGGUUUGAUAACACCUACGGCGGAACGCUGCGGUUCGAAAUAGAACCUUCAUCAUCUAAGUGCUCUGUUGCAUUCCAUUUUAUAUCAAAGCUUAGGUAUUUUAUUUUGGCAGUUUAUUUUUAUUUAUUUGACAUUGACGACUCUUUGUUGGGACCAUUCUUUAGUGACUUCAUGUGAAAUCAGUUUUAAUUUUUUGUUUGCUCGUAAAGUAUAAGUGCAGCUCGAAACAGCGAGCUGCUGGAAUGAGUUGUGUUUGAUACCAAGAAGGUCUCUGUCCCAUCAAUUCGCCACCCUUAAAUCACAUUCGAUAGAAUACUCCAUUUUAAGAGUAAUGAACGUAGUGAGUACUCCUAUAUAGGUCUUGCUGAUUUUUUUUGUUCAGGAAAAAGUCUUAAAAUAUUGAUACACUUAGGUAUAUAUGCACUUUUGAGUUCAAUUGAAAUUCAUCUGUUGAAAUUGACGUAAAAUGCACUCUCCAAAUACGAACGUGCAAAUGGCGCAAAAAUUCGUGAACAAUUUCUAGCUUCGAAAGUGGAAUUUAAUUUUUAGAUUUCCAGCGGAAUAAAAACUUAACCCUUUGAUCCAGUUUCCAGUUUUCUCAAGUUGGCUUAAUGUUAUCAAAAAAGCGCAAAUCAAAAAUUGUUCUAGAAAUUCAAAGAGCUUAAAGGGAACCUAUUUAAAUGGAAAUUAUUUUCGAAAAUGGAAAUUAAUUGUCAGAUUUCCCUGUGGAAUAAAAGUUUCUCCUAUUGAUCCAGUUUUGGGUUAAGUUUCUCCUAUUGGGUUAAUUUUGACAUAAAGUGUCCAUCAUAAAUCGUUUUACAAAUGUAAAGAGCUUUAAGGCCAUCUGUUUUUU